AUGGCCAAUUCGAGGCAGGACGAGCUGAAACUUACCAGCUCAACCUUCGCAUUGACCGGAGACUCUGCCCACAACCAAGCCAUGGUGCACUGGUCAGGCCAGAACAGCAGUGUGAUCCUGAUGCUGACGAAGUUCUACGACUUCAAUCUGGGCAGCGUGACUGAGAGCUCCCUGUGGCGGUCAACUGACUACGGGACCACUUACGAGAAGCUAAACGAGAAGGUGGGGGUGAAGACGAUCCUCAGCUACUUGUACGUCAGUCCCAACAACAAGCGCAAGUUGUACAGUUCUAUGGAGUUCGGCAGGAGAUGGCAACUGGUUCACGAACGUGUCGCCCCCAAUCGAUUUUACUGGUCAAAGAUGGGAGUGGACAAAGAGGCUGGCCUCAUUCACCUGGAGACCAGCGUCUCAGAGACACAGGCCCUGUACGUCACCUGUAAGCUGCAGAACUGCACCGACGGCAACAAGGGGAAGCCGUUCCCCGGCUACAUCGACCCCAACUCCCUGGUGGUGCAGGACGAGUACGUGUUCGUGCAGGUCACCACGGGUGGGAGGACCAUCUACUACGUGUCAUCGCAGCGGGACGUCUUCACCCCGAUGAGGCUCCCGAAAUACACUCUGCCCAAGGACCUGCACGUGAUCAGCACGGACGAGAAGCGGGUGGUGGCGGCGGUGCAGGAGUGGAACCAGAACGACACGUUCAACCUGUACGUGUCCGAGUCCGGCGGCGUCUACUACACGCUGGCCCUGGAGAACGUCAUGAGCAGCAUGGGGCCCGAGGGCAACGUCAUGAUCGACCUCUACGAGGUGGCAGGCAUUAAAGGCAUGUUCCUGGCCAACAAGAAGCAGGAUAACCAGGUGAAGACCUACAUCACCUACAACAAGGGCCGCGACUGGAGACUGCUGCAGGCGCCCGACGCCGACCUCAGAGGCAACAGCAUCCACUGCAUGCUGCCCUACUGCUCCCUCCACCUGCACCUCCACGUGUCGGCCAACCCCUACACGUCAGGGAACAUCGCCAGCAAGGAGUCGGCCCCCGGCAUCAUCAUGGCCUCAGGCUCUAUCGGUGCUGAGCUGAGCAGCAGUAACGUGAGCAUGUUCAUCACCUCUGACGCGGGCAACACCUGGAGACAGAUCUUUGACGAGGAGUACAGCGUGCUCUACCUGGACCAAGGGGGAGCUCUGGUGGCCAUCCGGCACACUCCACUUCCCAUCAGGCACCUCUGGCUGAGCUUUGACGAGGGCAGGCUGUGGAACAAGUACAGCUUCACGUCGUCGCCGUUGUUUGUGGACGGGGUCCUGGGGGAGCCGGGGGAGGAGACCUUGAUCAUGACGUACGUACUCUACUGUGGAAGGUUCCAGAAAAAAGGAAAAGGUCUGCUGGAGCACAUCCACCUGUCGGCCCCGUUCGUGGCGGUGAAGAACAAAGAGGUGAACCUGACGGCCGUGCUCUGGCCCAGCCAGGUGGGCACCGUCACCUACGUCUGGUGGCUCGGCAACAACAGCGAGCCGGUGAUCACGCUGGAUGGGAGUGUGGCCUUCACCUUCUCCAGGGAGGGCGUCAACGUGGUCACCGUGCAGGUGUCCGCCGGGAACGUCAUCCUGCAGGACCGCAAGACCAUCGCAGUCCACGAGUACUUCAAGUCCCAUCUGUUGGCCUUCUCCUCCAACCUGGACGAGCACAACCCCGAUGUGGCCGAAUGGAGACUGGACGUCAGCCGGGUCAUCAGGAACUCGGUGGUCCAGGCCACAGGCAUAGACCGGGAGCUGUUGCUGGUCACCGUGUUGCCGGGGCUCCCCACGACGGCCGAGUUCUUCCUGCUGCCCGACAAGCAGGUCACCGAGGGCAAGCCCGAGAAGACCAACACACACUUGGACGAGCUGUCUGAGAUGGUAUUAGGAGCCCUGAACCAGAACCUGGUGCAGUUCACCCUGAGGCCUGGAGUCCAGAUCACCGUCUACGCUGCUCACUUGUCAGCAGCGCCCCUAGUGGACACCAGUGAGAACCACAGCGGCUCGGCCAUGCUGAUGCUCCUGUCGGUGGUGGUGGUGGGUCUGGCCAUCUUUGUCAUCUACAAAUUCAAGAGGAAGAUCCCAGGCCUCAGCGUCUAUGCACAGAUGCAGAACGAAAAAGAACAAGAAAUGAUCCAGAGCCCCGUGAGUCCCGCCGCCGUUGCCGGGGACGCCGUUGCCGGCGCCGGCGCCGUCGCCACGACAACAACGACAACGACAGUGACGACGACGACGACGACGUCGACGACACCGACACCCGCGGCGGGGGCGAGGGCGGCUCCGUGUGCGGCCGUGGGGCCGGUGGUGAAGGUGGCAACGCGCCCGCCGCGGGAGUUGGCAGCGUCCUCGCUGAAGGCUCUGGACACGGAGCUCGUCGCCCAUCCCAUAGGUGAGUCGCCGUGGCGGCGUCCGGUCAUCCGGGGGAGGCCCGUGCGGAAGAAUUAG